GGUUGUCACCGGAGACUGCGGUCCAACGCGGUUUGCUUGGAUUUGAAAGGGCAUCAUAUUUUGACACGACGAACAAGCAUGCCUUGGAGAGAACCCAUCACCAUCUUGCAUGAAAGUUACAUACUCAUCGGCAUCCAUCAAUAGAAGUGCCUACCUGCAUUGGUCAUAAACUACAUCUGAUAACAAAACGAAGGGUAUCUUCCUGAACAUCAUCAUCAUCGUAUCAUGGCUUUUACCGAAAUCCAACAGUCGGCUGACCAGUCUCCUCAUCAGCACAAGCGAGUUCGUACUCGUCGUCGCCGUCAACGAACUCACAGGAGAGAACUAAGGGCUAGCUCUCCCUCUACAUCCAGUGACAAUGGCUCAGUCUCGGAAGGAAGUAGCACUACUAGUACUAGUCUCCCCAACAAGAAGAAAGCCAACAACUCUCGUUGUCCACGCCAAGUCCGUGUCGAAGUCCAACCCAAAGAUGAGAGCCUAUUUGUUGCUCUGGACUGUGAGAUGGUUGGAGUUGGCCUGGAUGGCAAGCAAUCUGCAUUAGCCCGUGUCACUAUUAUCAACUGGCAUGGAGAUGUCUUGAUGGACGAAUACAUCCAUCAAGAGCGUGAGGUCGCAGACUACAGGACAUUUGUCUCGGGCAUCACUAAGGACUUGUUGGAUAAUGCUACCUUGGAUAUGACAGCCUGCCGUCAACAAGUCAUGGGGCUCUUGGAUGGAAAGAUCCUUGUAGGACACGGGCUCAAGAACGACAUGCGUGUCCUGGGAAUUACACACCCUUGGUACAUGACCCGUGACACUGCCAAAUACGAACCCUUUAUGAAAGUUCGAUUUGACGACGGUGUUCUCUGGCCACGAGGGCUCAAGGAUUUGUGCCAGGAGAAGUUGAGCAGGGAUGUCCAGGUUGUUGGACGCCCUCACUGUCCUUAUGAGGAUGCCAUGGCAGCACUGGACUUGUACAAGCUUGCCUGGAAGCAAUGGGAGAAGACCAUGGAGUACAAGAUCAACAAAACCAAAUCCAUUGAACAACGACAGCAGGGUUGGCCAAGGCUAGCUAAGGAGUAAAUGAGGGGACAUUUGAACAACACGCAGCGAUCCCGACAGACAGACAAACGAACAAACAAACAAGCCACUUGGUAUUACAAAGUUGGCCCCAAUCAACAACAACACGGUCACCUGACUGUUGCUAUGUCAUCAUCUAUAUUGUAUCAUCAUGCAUGUGUCCUUGCAUAAUUCAAUGACACCAACGCGUGGUGGCAGAUCAGUAUCAUUACUAUUUCUUUUAACGAGUUAAAAAAUUGAAUCAAUCAACUU